GGCCGACGUAUUGAGGCCCCGGGAAGCCGCCGGCGCCGCCGCUGCUCUGAUGGCCGCCAAUGAUGUUUAAAGCUGAAACCGUUCGGAUUAAUUAACUGUUUAUGAUCUUACGCGGAGUUCCAGCUCUUUCAACGGAAUAAUCCGUCGAUCCCAGGCAUUGUGAAGAUCAAGUUUUGAACCAUUUGGCUAAACUGAACAGAAUCGUUUCGUUUCUUGCAGUAAUUUUCUUGUAGAGACGUUACAGAUGCACCGCAUUUUCGACGCUGUGUAUGUAAUGUUGACAGAUUAGGCUGUUAAAUCACUGAAGAUUGUUACAAUAGGUUGUCUCUGGUUAUGGGAGGUUUAAAGAGCAAGAGCCAGUACGCAAGAAGUUUUACGCAAAGUGUGCAGACUGUCACGUUAAUCCCUGGUGAUGGAAUUGGCCCAGAGAUUUCCACUGCAGUUAUGCAGAUCUUCGAGGCGGCUAAGGCUCCCAUUCAGUGGGAAGAGCGGAACGUGACGGCAAUCAAAGGGCCCGGAGGGAGGUGGAUGAUUCCCCCUGAGGCCAAAGAUUCCAUGGACAAGAACAAAAUCGGCCUGAAAGGACCACUGAAGACACCCAUCGCUGCCGGCCACCCUUCCAUGAACCUGCUGCUGAGGAAGACCUUUGACCUGUAUGCCAACGUGCGUCCCUGUGUGUCCAUCGAGGGCUACAAGACGCCUUACACUGACGUGAACCUGGUCACCAUCCGAGAAAACACGGAGGGGGAGUACAGCGGAAUCGAGCAUGUGAUUGUUGAUGGAGUUGUCCAGAGUAUUAAACUCAUCACUGAGGAUGCCAGUAAGCGUAUAGCUGAAUACGCUUUCGAGUACGCCAGGAAUAACCAAAGGACGAGCGUCACAGCGGUCCACAAAGCCAACAUCAUGCGGAUGUCUGACGGCCUCUUUCUGAGGAAGUGCAGGGAGGUGGCGGAGAACUUCAAGGACAUUAAAUUCACGGAGAUGUAUCUGGACACCGUCUGCCUUAACAUGGUGCAAGAUCCCACACACUUCGAUGUACUUGUGAUGCCAAAUCUGUAUGGUGACAUCUUGAGUGAUCUCUGUGCCGGUCUCAUCGGAGGGCUGGGAGUGACCCCUAGUGGUAACAUUGGGGCUAACGGUGUCGCCAUAUUUGAAUCGGUCCAUGGAACAGCGCCGGACAUCGCAGGGAAAGAUCUGGCCAAUCCCACAGCUCUGCUGCUCAGCGCCGUCAUGAUGUUGCGGCACAUGGGGCUGCACGGCCACGCCAAGAAGAUCGAGAGUGCCUGUUUCGACACGAUCAGAGACAAGAAGGUUCUGACCAAAGACCUCGGUGGGAACUCCAAGUGCUCAGAGUUCACGGGUGAGAUCUGUUCCAGGGUGCAGGACAUGGACUGAGAAGAUGCUGGUGUCAGUGGCUGAUGUCACUGUCUGUAUGGGGGGACGGUUCCCAAAACUGCAAAGAUGAGACCUCGGCCUUCAACCCUUGCACUGUUUGGCUCGCCUACAUUAAGCACUCAAAGGAAAACACCUGAAGCUCUAACUUCACGAACGUGGCUUGUCUUGUUUCUGCUUCAAAAAAAGAAAACUCUUACAGCCUGUGACUAUUCUGAACUGUGUAUUUGUUUUUUAAUGUCAUUACUUAAUGUAAGUUAUUGACUGCUUCUGGUGUUUCUUUUCUGAUAAAUGUCACACUUUGCAGAUUUGCCGUUAACGGUGGGUAUGGCCUUACUUUGUUUCUCUUUGGUUUGCAAUGGGGUAUUUUUAAAGGUUUCGUGUCUUUGCUUUAUUUUUUUAAGGAUCUGGACCACUGCAUCUUCAAGCACUGAAACUUAAAAUAAAAAUAUUUCUGGCAUCCAAA